AAAGAAAUACGAUCUCUUGACGAACUCCCCACGUGUCCACUUCAAAUUAUGAUUGUAAUGUGCUUCGUUAACGGGCAGAUUUCGGCACUGACAGUAGUAGCAUCGAUGCUGGAUCUUCGGUCGAAAGUACACCACUCUUUUUACCAAAGGAGUUCUCGAUUCCUCCAGUGUAGAUAAAGGAAAGCGUGGCGAUGACCACGAUUGUCCGGUAGCAGCCAAGCUGGUGGCGCCCUGUGUUGGUUGUUUCUUUGGCGUUUAUGCGUCAUUUGUUUUCGCAGCCAGAUGAUUCCUUCCAUUUCACACAGAGUUAGUCUUAGGGCGGUCUUUUCCAGAGGAAGGUGCGCUCCGUCACCGCGUUACCGUGUAGACUGACAAGCCAACAAAAGCACCGUGAGCAAAUGUGUGAGCCAUCUCAUCCUUCUGAUCAAGACACCUCUUCAUGAUCUUUCCAAGCGUGAGGUGAUGCCCCAGCAAUCAGCAUCAUGAGUUACCUCGCCUAUGUGCCACCAGGUUCGUGCUGCCGCCUGGAAACAGCACCAGUAAUUCGAUGGUGAAGGUCGCUGCUGCAGACGUGUUUAAACAGCGUGAGGUGAAGCUGCUGUACACUGCAGUGAAAAUGCUCCUUGAACAACAAAAGCGCAUGUGGACCGAAUCCAAAGUGUGUUGUCGGCGAGCUGGUUCGUCCGUUACCCAACACCAGCCGCCUGGCACAUUUUACUGUCAAAAAAUGGCAAACCCAGGCGGCGAAGAGCUUCGUAUGACUUCACGGCUGAAGAGUUGUUGUUCUCUGCUCUCCUUCCUCUUGCCGAAGCAACGUUAUGCACAAGCGAGCUCAACGAUAUCCCGCUUAUUAGGAACAUUUCACAAUCAAGCUAGCGUACGAAUAAGCCCUUUUUAUCAGCAUUGAGACUGCCUGUGCGUUGUGCAGAGGUAUCCAUGGUCACGCACUUUCUGCUUGAUUCUUCGUGGAUGCGAAGGAACGAGAAUGCGACGAAAGCACGUCCGUAGAAAUAACUAUGUUCACUGGUGACUGCGCAACACAAAAGCAAUCUGUAGAACUGUUCCAUUUGUCUGUUGGUCGGCUGGCUGCUACAUUGGAGUUCCUGUGUCGCUUCCAGAACGGCCCGUAGCCUCUACAUCAGCCGUGACUCCCUUCCUAGCGGAGACGCGGGCGUUCUGGGAAACCCAAAGUUCCUCGAUAACUGUCGUUACCACCAUGCCGACAGCUUCGUUCACGCAUCUCCGUCCACCAUGAAAUGGACGCUUCUGGCGUGGGGCUUGACUGCAUGCACUCAUCAAACGUUCGGGCUGCGACGCAUCUCUCUGUUCGCAUGUUUUGUUGUCACCGACUCGGCUGUGAUAGCUUGCCCAGUCUUCGAAAUACACACAGGCAAGCCAAUGGAGCUCAUUUCCCAUUGUUUGGGUUGUUCGUGAGGAAAAGACCCUUGACACCACGACAUCCACACACGCAGUCUCACCCAAAUACCUGUCAUAAGCUGUGAAAGCGAGCUAUGCUCAGUCGUGUUUUUCGGUAAGGCUACGACAGGGUCAAGGACACCGCUGUCAAUGCUGUGGAACGAAUGGACGCUCCAGCAUUUCAGCUUCUUCAGCCCUUCUCAUCUCUUUUAAAACGACCCCACGUGUACCCAGUGUCCAUUUGCGUGAACUGCUUUCGUUUGGACGUCCAGGAAUCGAAAAACUUCCUGAAAGUUCCCAAGAGGUCAUAUUCUUGGGUUUCUAGGGCAGAGGAAAUGGCUCAGGCCAUCGCUGCGUCGGCUAGGGCGGCGACUGGCUCACUCGCCGGGAAAAAGCAGGGUAAAACCGCUGCGGAGGCAUUCAAGGCGCCAGAUAGUAUAAGCUGGGAGGCGCUCACGGAGUUCGUCUUUCCGAGAAAUCUGAUUCAUCCCAGGGCCCUCGGGCGUUUGUAUAUACUCGGAUUUUAUGGAAACAUCGAUGAGCACGGCAAAAUGAGAGCUGGCCAUUUUGGAAGGCACUCAGUCACGAAUGCUGAGAUUCGGGUCAUGAUGACGGACAUUUACAAAAAAGCUCUCAAACAGAUGUUCGAGAGAACCAGCGAUGGUUCCAUGCACACAGAGGAUCUCCAGGCAAGGGUCGAGAAGGACACCUUUACAGAAACUACGCUAAGGAAGCUGUUGGAGAGUGCUCCUCAGGAUGCGAACGGCAGAAUGAAAUUUGCCGAUAUUCAGCAACUGAUUUUGAAAGACUUCGAUAAACGUGUUCGACGCCACGUUCGCCAAAUACGGUAUGGAAGCUGCGUAGGAGACAAUGGCCGAUCCUCCCGAAGACAGCCACGGGUAAUGUACAAUUCUAAGGCGGCAGAAAUCCUAGAGCAACUGUUCAACAAACGCAAAUUUACAGCGACGGAAGAAUUCACUGCCAGGGAACGCCGACAAAACCGCACGAUGUGUCUCGUGACAGACUCCAUCUCCCACGAAGACGCUCAGUUUGCCGCUAUUAAUGGCAUGCUCAUUAGAGGUUCUGGCAAUACCGACGACCGUUGGGAUCGAUGCUUCGCACUUCGCCGGCAAGGGAUUCCGUCCUAUGUUGACGCAACUCCGUCGGCAACUUGUCACUCCACCAAACACCACGUAGGAACCGGUUAGCGGUUUUCACCAACUUCUAAUGAUAACAAAGGCUGACGGACUCUGACAAUGCCCGCGUUCCUAAAGAGAGGAAUGUGGGAAACAUAGAACUCUCACCGGCACACUUCUAGCGCCUGUCCUGCGGGUCUUGAAGUUAAGCACUAGAAUCGCUGUAAUGUUUCAUCGCCAAAACAUUCUCAAGAGCAUUUUACAAGUCAGGACUGCGCAUGUUUUCUCAAGCCGAUACGAGGAGUAACUCGACAACUUCGUAGACCGCCGGGAUGCUCUGUGCACAAGCUAAUCGCGACCCAGUCCGCCCCUCUUCCUUUCACCAACUUUUCUGAGCUCCUUGUUUUCGAUAUAUCACGUGGAUAAGAGAUGUUGGCCGCUAGCGACACAUGGCCUAAGCUAUAGAUCCUUGAAUCCAGUUCGCACUAUCUGGAUUUGGCGUUUAAUUAGAUAAACACGCGUAAGUCAGCUUUCACAAUACCGACAUCGAUCGCGCUUCCUCGCUGCGGUGCUGCUUUGGGCACGAAGCCAAUCCGCAGUUCAGUCCUGUGCCCUUUACCUCAGAUAACCA